ACGCUUUCCGUUUGGGAAUCUCCCUCCAUUCCCCUGCCCCUGCCCCUUCACCUUCCCCUUCCCGUCUCUGCAAAUCGCCUUCUGUCCGAGGCUCCUCGCUCGCCACUUUUGUUUCUAUGAAUUUUAGGGCGGGUUAGGGAUUUUUGGAGGCGCUUCUUUGCACCAGAAUUGGUAAAUUAUGGUGCACGAAAUCGCUGCCGCCGUAGAAAUUUCCCAUCUUUCCCUCCCCCUAACCCCUCUCCUCCCCCUUUCGGAGUCAUUCAUGGAUUGAGCUAAGGUUGUCUUUCAAAUUGCUGGGGCAGCUGAGCUGGUGCAUAGAUGCAUGCUGGUUCUGAACGUGGACCUACAGAGACAUACACGAUGCCUGGUGGUGGUCCGAACCCCCGUAUAGCAUUUGUUCCACCUCCUGGUGGGGUUGAUUAUAUGGGUAAUGAAGUGGCACCAGAAUAUAUUUUUGAUCGGGGUCUAAACUAUCCAGGUGCCAACAAUUAUGGGUAUUAUUGUACAGGAUUUGAACCGCCUGGUGAAUGGGGUGAGGAUCAUAGGAUUUUUGCAUUGGAUGGUCAAGAUCUUCAUUACUCAGGUAUGCAAACUGAUAGUUUGCCAUCUGGAUAUUAUACACCUAGCUAUGGAUAUGCGGAGAUGCCUCACGGUCAAUAUAAUCCUUACAUACCUGGUGCUGUCGUAGGAAUUGAUGGCCCAUUUGUAGGAAGCCAGCAGUAUCUCAGCAGUCCAUACCAGACUCCUGUUUCUUCACCUGCUUAUGCUCCAGUCCUUGUUCGCCCUAGUUCAGAUUUUAUGCCUAGUAGCUCUGCAGACCCUCUGUUAUUCAGCACUGGUGCAUCAAUUGCGAGCGGACCUGUUACUGCAGGCACAAAAUCUUCACUUCUGCAAGCAUCUAUCGGUGCAGCUGCUUCUUCUCAAACAGCUGCCUUAGGGAGUCUGGCACCAGCGUUUGUGCCUUACCGGCCCUCGCAUCGGAAUCGUACCACAACAAAACCAUCGGAAGGGCCACAAUUUAAUAUACCACAAAGUAAUCAACAUUUAUUGCAGGACUCCAUGAUGCAUGGUAGUGUCUGUACUACAAAUCAGGAUGGUCCUUCUUCUGGUUUGAUGCAAGGAACAGAUUGCUUCUCACAUGGAGUUGCUUUUGUUACUGGUCCGAUAAAAGUUACUGCAUCUAAUGACUUCACAAACACUGGAUCCAAUGUUCGUGGAUGUGCCUCAGUGGAUACAUAUAGACCAAGGUUUCAUUUUAAUGGGGUUGCAAACAAUGAGAGUGGAAGCCCAAAUGUAUUAGUUGAGCAAAAUAAGGGACCUAGGACAAACAGGUCAAAGGGUAGGUGGAUUUCAGCAGGUUCUGAUGGAGCCGAACCGAGUAAAGUAAGUACUAGUACUGCACAAGGAAACAUCACGAUUAAUGCCGGCCAAUUUAAUAGGGACGACUUCCCAGUUGAUCAUCCAGAUGCCAAGUUUUUUGUCAUCAAAUCUUAUAGUGAAGAUGAUGUGCACAAGAGUAUGAAGUAUAAUGUGUGGUCAAGCACUCCUAAUGGAAACAAGAGGUUGGAUAGUGCAUAUGAAGAUGCACACAGAAUAUCUGUGGGAAAGUCAGGAAAGUGUCCUGUCUUUCUCUUCUUUUCUGUUAAUGCAAGUGGACAGUUUUGUGGUGUCGCUGAAAUGAUGGGACCUGUUGAUUUCAAGAGGGACAUGGAUUUCUGGCAGCAAGAUAAGUGGUCUGGGAGCUUCCCUGUGAAAUGGCACAUCAUAAAGGAUGUGCCAAACACUAGCUUUCGUCACAUCAUACUAGAGAACAAUGAAAACAAGCCUGUAACUAAUAGCAGAGAUACCCAGGAGAUACCAUAUAACUCAGGCAUGAAUAUGCUAAAUAUAUUUAAAAGUAGCCCUCUGAGGAUGCCGAUACUUGAUCACUUUAUGUUUUAUGAGGAGCGUCAGAAGGUGAUGCGUGAAGAAAAAUACAGGCAUCAUGGAAGAAGCUUCAGUGGUUCUCCUUAUGUGCCUGUAUUUGUUCCUGCAAGCGAACCAGCUGGUACAGCUGAACACCUCCUGAAAGCAGGUGAAAAGCUAUCAGUUACAGAUCAGUCUUCAAAAGCAGUCAAUGAAGGGCCUGGCACCGCAUCUGGUUGGCCUCCACCUCCAGCUAACAAGGAGAGGCAAACUGAUGGUGUAGUUAAUCGUCCUCCAAAUGGAAAACAGCUUGGUAUUGCAAUGGAUCAGCUUCCUAAAGCAGUUGGACAACAGUCUUCCAAAGCCGAUGGAAAAUGUCUGAGGGAUGCCUCCAAUCAACAUCUGGAGGCAGGCAGAACACAACCAAGCAGUGCUGUUGCUCAGCAUUCAAAAGCUGAUGAAGAACAACUAAAUGCUACUGUUGAUCAACAUGCUAAAGUUGAUGGAAAGCAAUUAAAUGCUGCAGUUGAUCAACUUCGGAAAGCUGACAUAAGAAAACAAAGUUGUACUAUUCAUCUGCCUCCUAAGGAAGAUGGGACAAGGAAUGAAGUUGAUCAGCUUUCAACACCAGAUGGUUCUAUAAAGACCAAGGAUGCUAGGAGUUCAGGUGAGUUACGUCCUAAGAGCGGACAGUUGACAGCAAAGUGGGGUUCCUCCAAAUCAUCUUACGAUACCACCAGUGCUAAGCAUGAUGAGGCAGGAGAUACAAAGGAUGUGAAUACUGUAAUGAAGAUUGGGUUCCUCUCUAUUGAUCCAAGGAAAGGUGAUUCUAGAAGCUCUAGGGUGGUGGCAGCCGAGGCCACUCCAACGGAUGUUGUCAAAGUUGGUUCAGUGCAAAUCAAGGUGAAGGGCUUUGGUGAAUCAUCUUCCAGGCUUACAAGUGUAGGGACUCUUCCUAUUGAACCUGAAGGACGAAAAGGUAAUAUGCAGGGAUCGAUGGCUGACAUUCAUCUGCCAAAGAAAUGAAAUCAAGGAUUGCAAUAGCAGGCUAAUUGCUUUUGUCUUCUUUUAUAUCAUCUCAGUGGGGCCUUUAACAGGGUUGUCAGUCAACUUACUGAAGCUUGUCUUUCUUUGUUGGUCCUAUUCACCCCACUAAAUCUCAGAACUUUUGUGGAGAUUAUUUGCUGCUUGUUUACUGCAUUGCUAAUUGCCCUGAUUGAUCAGUGUUUCGGGGAAAUGGUAUUGAGUGUUGGGCACUUGUUUUCAUCCAGAUCUGAAAUUUCAUUUUGGAAGCUUACAGGAUGAAUUCUUCUCUGUUUUUUUUAUAUCAAUAGGCGAAAUAUUGAUACUAAAUUGCUGAGUUAUUUCCUAGUCUAUCUGGCAUUUUCUUUC